AUGACUACUUUCAUCGAAGACACAGAAUUAUUCUCCGACGAAUCCAGCUUCUAUGGGGACGACACCCAAAUAGUCCAUUAUGAAGAACUGGCAGAGAGCUACAACCCAGAGCCAUAUUGGGCUGAAACACAUCACCACCUCCUAAGCACCAUCCAGCACAAUGCGCUUGCACCGACACCACCAUCACUGCCAUUGAAAACCACCGCUGCGCUGAAAGAAGAAGAGGGUUUGCCAUCCAUAGGGUCUCGCGGGCUGCCACGAAAUGCGCGAGGUUGGAACGAGCCAGUUCCCGAUUUUCUCGCGCGUCUACCGCCGUCCACUACAAAAGAAGAAUCCAUAGGACCGUGGAUCUUUGUGUCAGAACUAAACAGGCGGAAAGGCUUUGAUGAAGAGGAAGAAGGGGAACUAGCCAGCUUUAUUGCGAAGGGGAAUGGGCUAUUAAGAGCGUUCGAGGAGAAGAAGAGUGAACUGGAAGAGGAACACGACCGAUCUGGUGCAAAAACAAAAGCACCGCUUACACGCAAGUUAAAUGCUCACCGGCGUGCGCUAAAAGAAGACAUCUUCGCGCUGGCGCGGGAGAAUGACGUUGUCUCCGGGAAAUGGAUGUUAUUUCCGUCUGUCGACCGCGUGGACGCUGUUUGGAAAGCGGUGGUUGAGGCAACAGUGGAUGGGGAAUUGGGGGAUGGUGCGAAAGUUGCGACAGAUGCAGGUGAUCGUAUGGUGCGAGGGAUGAUGAUUUAUACAAGAGAUUAUGGGAAUAUUGAUGAUGUUCGGCGGGUGAUUGAGAAAUUGGUGGAGUUGGAAUUGGUGAACACUGAGCAGCGGGUGGGGAUUUAUUACAAGGCAGAUGCGUUUACAUAUUUGAGGAUUCUUGGGGAUAAUCCGUAUGGAUUGAAGGCGAGCCUGUACUCGAGUAAGGAUGUUUUGGCGGGAAAGGCUUGA